AUGGGAAAAUUGUUGCACGGCUUUGGCUUAGUUGCUUAUGGUAUUGUACUAAUUUUAUGCCUUCAUGAACACCAAAUACAUUGCUAUGCUAAAGUAGAUAUCAGCAGCAGCUGUGAUUUGUUUCAAGGGACUUGGGUUUAUGAUAAUUCUACCUAUACACUCUAUGACACCUCCAGCUGCUCUUUUAUUGAGACAGAGUUUGACUGCCAGAAAAAUGGACGGCCAGACAACCAAUAUCUCAAAUAUAGAUGGCAGCCUGACGCUUGUGCAUUGCCAAGAUUCCGUGGUGAGGACCUCUUGAGGAGGUUAAGGGGGAAGAAGCUACUGUUCGUAGGGGAUUCUCUAAGCCUCAACCAGUGGCAGUCACUAACAUGCAUGUUGCAUGCUGCGGUUCCUCAAAACAAUUAUACCAUAACAAGGAAAGGAGGCCUCUCUACGUUUUUUAUGCCUGAUUAUGAUGUUUCUGUUUUGUUAUCGCGCAAUGCAUUUCUGGUGGAUCUAGUGAGAACAGAGGCAGGCAUGGUUCUAAGGCUUGACUCCAUUACAAAUGGCAAUGAUUGGAAGGGAUACGACAUGCUCAUCUUCAAUACCUGGCAUUGGUGGCUUCAUAAAGGAAGCCGACAACCAUGGGACUACAUUGAAUCAGGAGGACAGAUACUCAAGGAUAUGGACCGCUUGGCUGCUUUUAAGGAGGGAUUAACUACUUGGUCCAAGUGGGUGGAUUCUAAUGUUGAUGCUAACAACACCAAAGUUUUCUUUCAAGGCAUUUCUCCUACCCAUUACAAUGGAAAAGAAUGGGACGAUCCAAAUUCAGCAUCAUGCAGUGGACAAACCCAACCUGUGACUGGUAGAACAUACCCAGCAGGUUCACCACCAGCAGCAACUGUGGUCAACGAUGUGUUGAAUGCCAUGUCAUCCCCAGUAACCUUGCUGGACAUAACUCUACUAUCGCAGUUGAGAAAAGAUGGGCACCCUUCUUUGUACGGCAAUGUUGGAAGAACGGGAAACGAUUGCAGCCACUGGUGCCUUGCCGGUGUCCCUGAUACCUGGAAUCAACUUUUUUAUGCAACUCUUGUGACCAGUGACUAA